GAUCGUGGAGCAGUGAAUCGCACGCGCGAUGUCUCUUCAUCCUUAGUUAGUCUCACGCUCUUACUCUCUCCCCUCUUCCUCCCUCCACGCCAGUUCUGAUUUCCCCCAGACGUUCAAUCGCUCGACGAGGGAGAAGAAAUUCACACCGGAAUUCAGCCCGAACACUCGAAGUUCGAUCGAAUCGACGCCGGAAAAUGUCGAGUGCGUUGAUAGUCGGGGAUGCGAGUUCCUGGGCUCGAGCGCUCGUUAGGAUCUCUCCUUACACCUUCUCCGCCAUCGGUAUCGCCGUUUCCAUCGGAGUCUCUGUCCUCGGUGCCGCCUGGGGAAUCUACAUUACUGGGAGUAGCUUGAUCGGCGCAGCCAUUAAAGCUCCUCGGAUCACCUCUAAGAAUCUCAUCAGUGUAAUCUUUUGUGAAGCCGUUGCCAUAUACGGUGUUAUUGUGGCAAUUAUCCUGCAGACGAAGUUGGAGAGUGUUCCUGCUUCACAGAUCUAUGCUCCUGAAUCCCUUAGAGCUGGAUAUGCAAUUUUCGCAUCUGGGAUUAUCGUUGGCUUUGCUAACCUUGUUUGCGGGCUGUGCGUGGGAAUCAUAGGAAGCAGCUGUGCAUUAUCCGAUGCCCAAAACUCCUCACUUUUUGUGAAGAUUCUCGUGAUUGAGAUAUUUGGUAGUGCUCUAGGACUGUUUGGAGUAAUUGUUGGCAUAAUCAUGUCUGCCCAAGCUUCAUGGCCUACGAAAGUAGACUUCUACUCCGCCGCCGCCGCCGCCGCCGUCGUCUCCUUGACCAUUUCGGCUGGAAGAGAAUCCCAAAUGGGGGCGGGUCGAGAAGUGUCGAUAUCCUUAGAUGGCGUGCGGGACAAGAACGUGAUGCAGCUCAAGAAGCUCAACACCGUCCUUUUCCCCGUCCGUUACAAUGACAAGUACUAUUCCGACGCUCUCGCUUCCGCAUAUUACAGUGAUAUCUGCGUUGGUGCCAUCGCAUGUCGCCUAGAGAAGAAGGAAGGCGGGGCUGUCUGUGUUUACAUUAUGACCUUGGGCGUGUUAGCUCCAUAUCGUGGGCUAGGCAUUGGGACGAAACUGUUGAAUCACGUUCUUGAUCUCUGCUCGAAGCAGAACGUUCCAGAGAUAUACUUGCAUGUGCAGACAAACAAUGAAGAUGCUAUCAACUUCUACAAGAAGUUUGGGUUUGAGAUCACGGAGACCAUCCAGAAUUACUACACAAACAUUACACCGCCAGACUGCUAUGUUGUGAAAAAAUUUGUUACUCAGACAAAGAAAUGACAUGGAUGAUGGGAUUAUAGCUAGUUGGCAUCUCUCAGCAGUAAAUUUAUAGUUUUUGAGUUUUGUAUCUUGUUAUUGAGGGGUUCUGGUAUCGGUUUGCAAUUGUUGAAGGUUCAUUAUUAGCUGUUACUCGAGUCAUUAUAGUGCUAGAAGAAGCCCUUUGAAAAUUUUGUAUUUUUUGUAUCGUUCAAGUGGGGCUGGUUGGCAUUGAACUCUGUUGUUCAGAUCAUUUUGAUUGUCGAUUUUCUGGUACUUUAGGCAUUCAAAGAGAUUUUUCUAUUCAACCGUACUGCUUUCAGGAAGAUUGUGGUAUUUUGCUUGUUUGGAUUACAGUUAAAGCAUUGGAACACACUUUUACUUGCCAAUUUCUUU